CAUAAAUGCUCUUGUUAAAAGAAAAUAGAAAAGCACACAACAUGAAACUGAAACCUUGGAAUGAUGUUGAGUUUGACCGCACAGUGGACCCCACUUUAGGGCGGUGUCUGGUUUAAUCCAAUGAAAAACUGUAUCGACAUAAACAUUCACUUCCAUUAAUAAAGUUCUUUCAUUUCACUUCCCACAUCACUCACUCAACUCAAAAUGCCAAAUCCAUUUCACUUACUUCUCCUUCUCUUCCUCCGUCUCUCCACCGCCGCCACAACAAACACAAUCGGCGUCAACUACGGCACCGUCGCCGACAACCUCCCACCGCCAUCCACAGUAGCCACCUUCCUCAAAUCCCAAACCACCAUCAACCACAUCAAACUCUACGACGCCAACCCAGACAUUCUCCGCGCCUUCGCCAACACCGGUAUUUCCGUCACUGUAACCGCCGCAAACGGCGACAUCCCUUCACUCUCUAAAUUACCCUCAGCCAAAUCAUGGAUAACCACCAACAUCCUCCCUUAUCACCCCAAAACCAUCUUCAACCGCAUCGCCGUCGGUAACGAAAUAAUCGCAACCUCCGAUAAAAACCUCAUCGCUCACCUUCUUCCCGCCAUGGAAGCACUUCAAAAAGCACUCACACUUUCAAAUCUCACUCACAUUCAAGUCUCAACUCCUCACUCUCUCGGAAUUUUAUCUUCCUCUGAACCACCCAGCGCCGGAGCAUUCCGUCGUGGAUACGACGUUACCAUCUUUGCUCCCAUUCUCGACUUCCACCGUAGAACAAAAUCACCAUUUAUGGUUAACCCAUACCCAUUUUUCGGUUUCGAUCCAACCCGACCCGAGACUUUAAACUACGCGCUAUUUAAACCAAACGGUGGCGUUUUUGAUAAAAUGACUGGGUUGAACUAUACGAACAUGUUUGAUGCUCAGAUGGAUGCGGUUUUUACGGCGAUGAAAAAAUUGGGAUAUGAUGACGUGGAAUUGGUUGUUGCGGAAACGGGUUGGCCUUCAGCGGGUGACCCGAAUCAACCGGGUGUGGGUAUUGAGAAUGCGGUAUCGUAUAAUGGAAAUCUUAUUAAACACGUUAAUUCGGGGAAAGGGACACCUUUGAUGCCUAAUAGGACAUUCGAGACUUAUAUUUUCUCAUUGUUUAAUGAGAAUCUUAAGCCUACCGUUUCGGAGCGUAAUUACGGGUUGUUUAAACCCAAUCUUGCCCCUGUUUAUGACGUUGGUGUUUUUACUCAACAGGCGAUGGGUCCCGCAUCUGGGCCCACGGCAAUGGUGCCAUUAGGGUCAAAGAAAUGGUGCGUGCCGAAGGCAAACGCUAGUGAAAAGGCGUUGCAGGCCAACAUUGACUACGUGUGCAGCCGAGGAAUAAACUGUGGGCCCAUAAAGGAUGGUGGGCCUUGCUUUAAGCCCAAUACAUUGAGGUCCCAUGCGGCCUACGCUAUGAACGCAUAUUAUCAGCAAUCUGGUCGCCAUGAUUUUGACUGUGAUUUUGGCCACACUGGAGUCAUCACUUUCACCAACCCUAGUUAUGAGAAGUGUACGUAUCCAUCUGCAGCUACAGGUUCAGGGCUAACAGUCAACAAGCCUGAUCCAGGUGGUUCUCAGAAAUCUGCCACUUCCAACCUUAGAUUAUGUGACUUCUUAUUUUAUCUUCAAAUUCUGAUUUGUCUCUUUUUUCUCUAAUUUAUUAUAGUGUAAUGCUUAUUUUUCUUUUUAAGAUUAUGGUUAACAUAUGCGAUUAGGAAGUAUAUGAUUUUUUUUUCCUCUCCGCAUAAAAUUUAACCUGGUUACUUGACAAAAUUGGAAGGAUUUGUAAACUAGUGCACAUAUUGUUAUAUCUGUGAUAUAUAACCGUGAAUGUAAUAAAUGAAGAUAAUUUUUUAAUUUAAUUUAAA